UUUACACAGACAAUAUUUACACAUACAUCUAUUUUUCUUGAGUAUAAUGUUUGUAUUAUUUUUUCUUUUUAUAAACUAUACAAAGUUUUCACAGACUUGUUUUUUCUGUUUUCUCUUUCCUUAUCUUUUGCACUUAAAACAAAUACUAUCCAUUUCAAAAGAAGAUAUGAAAAAUGCCUUUUUCAACUUUGAAAAAGAAAAUCGAACCUUUAUGACUAAACGUGAAAAGGUUAUAACUAAAUCAUACAAGCAAAUGACACUGGAUUUACCAGCAGGCAAAUUUAUUAAGCCUGUUAACGAAACUGGCAAAAAAGUAAACUACAUAGCACCAUUUCUUUCAACUUUUGUGAAUAAGGAUCAUUCUUUAUUAAAAUGGCCCGAAGUAGACCCUCGUGAAAAGACAAACAAGACAAGUCGAAAGAAAAGACCUGAUGCAAUAUUCUAUACAAUAUAUCAAGCCAUGCUUGGAAACAAAAUUGGAUUUGGCGAAGUUAAAUUAAUUGAGUCAAAAAAAGUAAACUAGAUCAUUAUAUUUAGACUUGUAUCGCCAAUUGCAUUUUUCUAAAGAUGUUGUGGACAAAGGAAAUGGAUGUACUCAAGUCAUAAACUUUCAAUCAAUUGGAAAAAAAAUAACAUUUUACCUUUUUACUUUAAUUGGUGAUUAGGUUUUAUGUUAUGCCAGAACUAUUCGAAUUAAAAAUGCCAACUAAUCUUGAUAAUAUCUCAAAUCUAACCCUUAAUGACUUCAAGAA